AUGGACAAUUCUUACGAGUCAAGACUAUUACCGUCCCAGAUGCGGCGCAUAAUGCUACACCUGCCGCCUCCACUCAUGACGCUGUCAGACAUACAAGACGCACUACAAGCGGACGACAGUCGACCAGUCGACGCGCACCACCAGCCAUGCAGAUUCCCCCAGUUUUCGAUGCUUCCCCAGGAGCUUCAAAACGAAAUAUGGCGGCACUCGCUUCCGAGUCCCUUCCUCAUUCAAAUAAAUCUUAUUGGAGACGACAACCGACCGUCGACCGUCCAUCUCUGGGGCGUCAACCCUCCACAAGCACUGGAUAUCUGCAGAGAAUCUCGCCGAGAAACCCUUUCCGUCUACAAGCCUCAGCUUAUGGUGUAUAACUGCAGAGUUAAUGGAAGGCCGAUGCUUUGUCUCGCCCCAGACACCAUCUUUCUAAAACGCGAACUCCCCGAAGAACCGGUUAUUUAUAUAUUUUCGAAGAAGAAAUCGUCACAACCUAUCGAUUUUCAACCACACUCGGAGGUCGACUCAAUAGUCACAGGGAUGAAUAUUGCAAUGGAUAGCGUGGAAUGUGAAAACUGGCCGCCACAGGAGAAUGAACUGCCCCGGAGAAGGCCCGUGUCAAUUAUUCAGAGCCAUCGUCUACGACACCAGCGGCUGAUAUCUAUGUCAAACAUGCAGAAGAACUGA